AUGACUUGUACUAAUGGAUGUCAAUUGAAUGAGAAACGACGUUCAUUUACGAAUGUUAUCGAACUAGUAAAAAAUAAUGUUAAAGAUGAAAUUUAUUCUACAGUUAAGCGAUAUUUAAAUUUAAUUAAUGAAUACACUAAUUGUUCAAGUGAUCUUUUACCAUGUGAUAUUUUACUAAAUGAUUCUAUUUAUCAACGUUUACAAAUAAAAAAAAUAACCAUUCUUUUGCAUACGGAUGGUGCACCUGUUACCAAAACUGGUGGUAAAUCACUAUAG